UUAUUUCUCGCGCGUCGCUCACUCCGUCCGUACGUAUCGUUGGAUCGCUGAGCUCUGUCUGUAGCAUCAGCCAUCGAAUUCCAGAGUUUGUCCGCCGCAUAAGCAAAGCCCGUAAAGCGGAGCUGAUUUUAGUCCAAGUUUGAAAGUUGGAGCGUUUAGUAGUAACGUCGCUACCGGUGUGAAGCCGCUCGUUUGUAAGCCCGCCGGAGAAAGCGUGAGAGUCGAUAUUUCAGAAUAUCACUUGGGAUUAUUCGUAGAACAUCCUUUACUAGUGCUUUGGAAUACUUGGUUAUUAUCUGACGGACAAGACUUAGUAGUGUUUGGGUUUUCAUCAUUUUGAUGUUCCUCAUCUUAUAGCAGAAGAAUCUCGUGGUUUGCUAAAGUUGUGUACUCUGUCUGCAUGAAUACGGUGAUACGAGACAAGUCGUAAGCGUCGAGAAGUUCGGCAUUAGGGGAAGUAAUCUGACAAAGAAGAGAGCGCCGAGUGUGUAAUUAAUUUACUUCCCCGUUGGUAGUUCAUUAAACUUCAGUUUUCCUCGUGCAUCUUAUUCUAUUGUUCCUGACUGACUUUGUGAGACUGAGAGUGAGAACUGAAAGUGGGAAAAGAUACGUCCAAUUAAAGUGGUUUAAAAUCUGGCCGGUCUUAGCCGAAACUAGAAAGAAUCAUUAGUGAGUUGAAGAGAACCGGUCAAAGACCACUUUGUAUGCUCCUUCUCUCUUUGAUAAGGAAUUGAAUCGAAAAAAGCGGUCGAGUGAUUGGCGGUGUCUUGCGGAACGAAACAGAGCAGUGUGGCGUAAAUCUGGAACACGACAUAAAAAGAUUGUGAAUGUCUGGAUGCAACAAGCGUUCCGUGCGUGCGUGAUUAUUCUCUCCAAAGGAAAAAGCGUGCUCUCGCCUGCGUUGGUACAAUCAACAAGUGGUUGACGGCGGAUGACACGCUUCGAUUGGGAAUUUGAAAACUCUUUGACGCAAGCCAACAGGUUGUUGUGUUUUGGUGGCAGAUGGAGUGUUAUGAAGAUUCAUCGAAAGUAGUUAUCACCGCCGAGCUUGUUUAUUGGGGCCCUAUUUGGUAGCAUACGAGUAUUGUAGCUGCCCGUGUCCAUAACUCGGUAUAACGACUGAUGCCUUAUGAAUUGUGCACUACACGCUUGAGAAAGCAGACCGUAUACAACCGACGAAGAAGUGAUUUAAUAUAAAAAGAGCAUAGUAAAAAUAAAACGGAAAGAAAAUAAUUAGAGCUAAUUGGUAGAGUUUCAUUUUCCACACUGCAUUUUGAAAGUAAAUUUUGGAUCUUCUGCUUGCUACAACUUAAAAUCUAAAACCAAGACAAGAGCAAAGUAUGCUGCAAGUAGGUGAAUGAGCGCUCUUAGUAAAUAGAGUAAACGAGUGCCUAAGCCAAGAAGAAAUUGUCCAAUUCAGGCUCGCUUGGAAAGAAGAAAAAGCUCGAAGAAGAAACAUUGCAAGGUGCAGUGAUUUGAAGGCUCAUAACAGAAGCCAGCUGGUGCAACAGUUUGAGUUAGUGAGUGAGUGAACGCACGGGCGGAUUUUGAUUGCUCCCACAGAAAGGGGAGGAGGAGGGUUCAUCUUUCGCACAACUGAAGCGUGACGACCUGUUCGGGGCCGGCCGCUACCCAAAAGCCUACAAGCUGGAUUACUUAAACAUGGAUUUCGACGACGGGGACCUGAAGGAGCUCUGGGACACGGAUCUCGAUGCGACCAUGCAAGACACACUCAAAAUGUCCAGUUACGCGGACAUGCAGGACUGGAUGGAUCGAGACUCCAAGCUCCCGCCGGUGAUCCUCAACGACAAACUGAUGACGGACGCGAUCAUUGGCACCGGAGGCAUGCCCAUCAAGACAGAACACUCGUACAGCCUAAACUCGGACGGGGAUUCGAUAUCGGACACACUGCCCGAAUCGCCGCACAGCUUGCAGAACAAAAUGGACGACAUGGAUGAAGAAUGCUACCCUGCUAUCAGCAUGAACACUGCACAGAAUAAGCAACACAUAAUUCACAGGAAUCAGACGAAUCCAGCCCAAAUUUCGACAGCUGGUAGCACAGUCCUGUCAAGUUUCAGCAGUCAAAAUGCUCCUGCCUUCAAACACAUCUCCAGUGGAAGCAUUAGCCUGCUCAGCACACUGCACCAGCAGCAGCAGUCCAUCAGUAGUCAAACAUCUCACCCGCAGCUAGUGCUUGGUCAUCCGAUCAGCCUAAACAAUAACCACCUCACCCUCAACAAUAACCUCACCAAGGAGAAUCUUCUUGUUAGUGCAGGAAUCAGCUGCAAACGAAGCUGCUCAAACGAUUCAUCCUCCUCCAGUUCCGGUAGCGUAGCAUCAGACAUUGAAAUCGAUGAGCUCACCGUCAAAGAGGAGCCCAUGUCCCCCAGCUCAAGUUGUCCUCCCUCCCCAGCGGGACCUGGAGCGGGAGGUACAACGUUAGUCAACGGUUACACCAUCUCGACGGUGAACCUUGCCAACAUGGCUGCCUACACACAGUCCGAUCUAGUGUUGGAACACAAGAAUGGAACCCUUCAGCUAACACCCGCCUCGCAGAGCCUAUUGAAAAGCCAGCAGAUCGUAAUCAACGGCAAUGCCAUUUGCGCGACUGCCAGCACUCCGUCCACACCCGCCUCGACCUCCAAGAUUGUCAUGUCCAAGCUGAACAUCAAAAUGGAACCGCAAUCGUCGGCGUCGUUCGGUCUACCUCCAACGCCUCCCUCGUCGCUACCGAGCGAUGAGUCCGAGGGUAACCAAAGUCCGGAACAUCACACAUCGCCCAUGUCUCCGCCCACAGUGAUCUCACCGAGCAUGAGCAGCAGCAGCAGCAGUAGUAGCAGCAGUAGCAGCAGCGGGAGCACACCCAGCAGUCGAAGGACAUCGGUGCACAACAGCAGCGUGGCGUCCGAAGCCGGUGGAUCCUCGACGAUACUGAUCGCGUCGCCUAUGGCCCAGCAGCACCAAGCGAACCUCCAAGCACGGGUGGCUGCCGCUAACCAGAGUGCUACCACGAGGCAGCCCAUUCACACCCCGCUGAUCAGUAGUCAACCGAAAGGAUCCACGGGCACUCUUAUUCUGACGGAGGAAGAGAAGCGCACCCUCCUUGCCGAAGGCUACCCAAUCCCAACGCGACUUCCGCUGACAAAGGCGGAGGAAAAAUCGCUCAAGAAAAUCCGACGGAAGAUCAAAAACAAGAUCUCCGCCCAGGAAAGCCGACGGAAAAAGAAGGAAUACAUGGACCAGCUGGAGCGCCGGGUCGAAAUUCUGGUCUCGGAGAACCUCGACUACCGGAAACGGGUGGAAACGCUGGAGGACUCCAACCAGAAUCUUAUGACCGAGCUGGCCAAGCUGCGGGCACUGGUCAGCCGGCAGCAAAGCAUCCGGAAGAUGUAAACUUUUGUUCUCGCCCGUUGUUAGUUUUGUUCGCAUGGUGUUUAGCAUGCAACGUUCUUGGAUUUCCUAAAAGUGUAACAACAUGUACAAAGUAGUUAAUUUUUUUUAUUGCUAGGAGAAUGGGACGCAAUUGCAAGAGAUGAGCGUUGUUGAGUUUUGUUAGGAACAUUUUAGGAACUUGUUGAGUUUGUUUUAGAUGAGCAAAAUGUCGAAAAGAAAAUUCCGUGCAAUAUAUUUGGUGGUAUUUCGAAGCCCUUAAAAAAUGGACAUCGAUAUUUAUUCGGGUACGUGAUCGACCUUUGGUUCGCAUUGCCAGAAAGACAACGGAUAUUACGAAGGAUAACACUCUUUCGAGAGACACAAAGUGCAUUCCAUUAAAAUUUAGGUUUAGCAAAAACUUGUUGCGUAACUAGUAGGCAGAUAAAUUAAUGAUUUUUAAGCUUAAA